UGAAAUGAGUGAUACAGAAACUGAGGAGUCACCUGUUCAGGUGUUUAGUGCUGACAUACAAAAGAAAAAUGAAACGGGGAAAAAACUUACUGAAAUGAAAGCUGGAAGUGAGGGGGUAGAAAGAGAAGUGGGAUUUAAUGAGGCAAAUGCUAGGAAACAUCAAGAGUCUGAGAUGGAGAAGAGUAUAGAAAUAGAGAACGUAGAGGUGACAGUGAGUAAUGAAGAAGUCGAAGAAGAGCUCCAUGAUGAUAAACAUCUGCGAAUGCUUCCCGGACCUGUGGAAAGACCAGAGGAGACAGAAUCAGAGUUUAGUGAGGAGAAAAAGCAUGAUGUGGGAGCAGAGGAUAAGACAGAGGAAGAGCUAGACCGAGUACAGGGAGCAGAAGGAGCUGUGAUUAAAUUUGAGGUAGGGGAUAAGAAGGUAGAGGCUGAAAAAGACCUUCUGGGAGAGCACGAGGUCCUGCCAACCAGGAAAACCAUACUGGUGGAAACUCGACAGGAACCAGAGGUCAACAUGGACACCAACGGGCCAAUUAAGAGGCAGGAGUCUGCCAUUAUGAAGUCUAAAGCAAUGGGCGGUACAGCACACGAGGUCAAUGACGUGAAUGAGAUUAUCACAUCCAGGGACCUGAUUGAGAACCGUCAUGAUAAACCAGCAAUGAUGAACACGGUUGAGGAGCUCCCAUCCACAUCCACCCUUGGCCGAGGGCUCAAAGACAAGAAUAAACCAGCAGAGGAACCUGAAGACAACACACAUUCGAAAGCCUUAGGGCAGGUAGCAUGGAAGACAGGAGCCAUCGCGGCAGCCUUCUUUCUCAUCCUGCAAACUGUUGUCACCAUUGUCUACAUUUUGAAAUGCAGGAGAAACCCAAACAGUGUGAUUUCGAAGAAACUGUGUGCGAGGGGAAAUGGGGGUGUAGAAUAUGAUGCAACCAACACAGACACAACCAUCCCAAUCGAUGAACGAAUUGCUGUAGAUGACCUUCCAGAGUACUCGCAGGUCCAGCAAGAGGACGUUGCUAUGACAACAAUCCCGCCGGAUUGUAUGGAGAAAAACUCAUCCCGUGACCCCAGCACCUCUGUUGUUUAGCGUCGCUGACCUUAAAGUAUAAUUGUGUUGGUAAAUGAUUGAGUUUCUGACAGCAUGAUCGUGUGUGACGAAUAGUCAGAUUGGUCUUGACAGCAAUGUCACCCCUGGGUUAUUCACCAUAUAUUAUUUCGAAAAAAAUUCUUCAAUAAUGUAAGCACAAGGGAAAAAGAAAAGAGGCAUAUCAAUAUGUUUUGUCCUCAAUUGUCUCUAAAUGAAAAUUGAUAAAGGUGAACGAUAACUGCACAUCACUUUAAAGGGAUAGUUCACCCAAAGAUUUCAUUCGGUCAUAAUUUACUCACCAGAAAGUUCACAUUGCCUUAGUGGAAGGAGAGCAUUAAAAUUCUUUAAAGCUGUUUUGCAUACAAUAAAACUGAAGGAUGAACGGGACAAACACUAAAAAUGUCCAAAAGCACCAUAAAACUAGAUUUGUGCCCUAUUUACCAAGUCUUCUGAAGUUGUACAGUUGUACAUUUAUAGACAGAAUAAAAGUUUUUUUUGGUAAAA